AUGACGGACCCAGUAAAGUGCAGGUUCUGCAGAGGAAUGAACUGUAUGGUUAUGACGCCCAAUAAGUGGAAAGACUCGGUCUCUUUUUUUCGCACGCGCAACUCGUGCUCCGAUCCCAUCUCGCCGCCGUCGCGUCUUCUCUUCGCUGCGUCUUCUCCCGCCCAGGCGCCGUUCCCGCCCAGCGCCGCUCCCGCCCAGGCGCUGCUCCCGCCCAGCGCCGCUCCCGCCCAGCGCCGCUCCCGCCAGGCGCUGCUUCCGCCGUCCGCCCAGGGCGGCUCCCGUCGUCCGCUCCUCCCGCCAGGCUCGCGGUCGCCAGGCUCGCGGUCGCCAGGCCCGCCAGGCUCGCAGCCGCGCCUCCUGCUCUCAGGCGCCGGUGCUGCUACCCGUGCGCCCCAGCUCCACUUCCCGCGGCCGCCGUUCGCUCCCGCCUAUCUCCCGCCUGCUCGUGGUCUUCCGCCUGCCGUCUCGGAUUCUGCUGAUUUCGGGUCUCUCCAAAAAAAAACAUGGUGUCUCUCGCCUGCUCCGAGGUGA